CGCACCGCCCCCUCGCAAUCCGCACAGCUGCGGAAGAGCCCUACUGCACUGACCAGAGCAGACCAGCCCUAGACAUUCCGACCCCAGCUUCAUUUCAGCUUCAGCUCACUUACUCUCCGUCUGCAGAAAAUGGCAUCCACCAAGGAGAAGCUGAUUGCCCAUGUGAGCACUGAGCAGGCAGUGGGCAGCAAAAGCAAGGUGACUGUGGUUGGUGUUGGCAUGGUGGGCAUGGCCUCCGCCAUCAGCAUCCUGCUCAAGGACCUGGCUGAUGAGCUGGCUCUGGUUGAUGUGAUGGAGGAUAAGCUGAAGGGUGAGGCUAUGGACCUGCAGCAUGGCAGUCUUUUCCUCAAGACACACAAGAUUGUGGCUGAUAAAGACUACAGCGUGACUGCUAACUCCAGGUUGGUGGUGGUGACCGCUGGGGCUCGUCAGCAGGAGGGUGAGAGCAGGCUGAACCUGGUGCAGAGGAACGUCAACAUCUUCAAGUUUAUCAUCCCCAACAUUGUAAAGUACAGUCCCAACUGCAUCAUCCUGGUGGUGUCCAACCCAGUCGACAUCCUGACCUAUGUGGCCUGGAAGCUGAGUGGCCUUCCAAGGAAUCGUGUGAUUGGAAGUGGCACUAACCUCGACUCUGCUCGUUUCCGCUUCCUUAUGGGCGAAAAAUUGGGCCUGCACCCCUCCAGCUGCCACGGCUGGGUGAUCGGAGAGCAUGGUGACUCCAGUGUGCCUGUCUGGAGUGGUGUGAAUGUAGCUGGGGUUUCCCUGCAGGGCCUGAACCCAGACAUUGGCACAGAGAAGGACAAGGAGGACUGGAAGAGCGUCCACAAGAUGGUGGUUGACAGUGCAUAUGAGGUUAUUAAGCUGAAGGGAUACACCUCCUGGGCUAUCGGAAUGUCCGUGGCUGACCUGUGUGAAAGCAUCCUGAAGAACAUGCACAAGUGUCACCCAGUGUCCACUCUGGUCAAGGGAAUGCAUGGAGUGAACGAUGAAGUCUUCCUGAGCGUCCCCUGCAUCCUGGGCAGCAGCGGCCUGACUGAUGUGGUGCACAUGACCCUGAAGCCUGAGGAGGAGAAGCAGCUGGUGAAGAGUGCUGAGACACUGUGGGGGGUGCAGAAGGAGCUGACCUUAUGAACCACGCCCCCCUCCAAAAUAUAGCCUCCAGUCUCUCAAGGCAAACCUCAAAAGUGGCUCCCUAACCUCACCUUCCCUGACACCCACUCUCUACAUAGUCCAUCCCUCCCCUUUCAUUUAUCCUCAUGAGAUGUCUUGAAGCAGACCUCAGACCCAUAGACCUUAACACUCCUCACUAUAGCUUCAGAGGAGCAUAUAUUUAUGUAGUCUUUACAUGCUAUAUGGCCUUUGUAAAGUUGAGUGUCAGUGUGCAUAUAUGUUUGCGCUUCUCGUCUUCCUCUGUAUUUUUCAAAACAACAAAGGAAAGAAACCUAUUUAUGAUCAGGACAGUUUGGUCUCUGUUUGGUAUUUGUAUUCUGAGCUCAACAAGCAUUCCGUACCAUUUUGUUCCUAAUGCAAAAACAGUCAGUUAUCAAGACCAACAUCCUGUUGAACCAAAGCUAAACAUCAUAUCAAACCAGCCAGUGACCUGGAUCAAGGCAUACAUUUCUGUAAGCAAAAUCAACCCCAAGUGCACUGAGGCGAAUCUUUAUUGCCAUAGACAAGCCCCUCUCAGCUCAGUAAUACAAAAACAGGGUCAACUGGAACUGUUGACAGCUUUUUGUCUCAUUUGGUUCAAACUGAAUGUGGAACAAAUAACCUGAAGGAGAACCAAAUGGAAUUUUGUUGUGGCUCACUGCAGCUUCUGGCAACAUAAUUGUGAAAUUAGAUGUAUUAUUUGAUAUCUGUCAGUUUAAGUGACAAGUCACACCUACUUGUGAUAUGUAUAUCUGUACACCUUAUGUAUCAGCUAGAAAGGUUAUUUUUGUAUUUUUAUUUGUGAACUGAGCUUGGCUCCUACCAAAACGCUCCUAGUGGCAUUUUGCUCAGACACAGAGCUUAAUGUGGUCAGAGUGUCAGAGCAGACAGAAUCACUCCACCUCACUCCACCUCCAAAUAAAGGUUGACUAAACAAAA